AUGAAACUGGAGAAGGGUGAUGGUUGCUGGACGAAGACUGAGGAUGAGGUCUUGAAAGCAGGGGUGAUGAAGUAUGGAGUAAACAAGUGGUCUAAAGUGUCGUCUCUGUUUAUGUCGAAGACGCCAUCGCAGUGCAAAGCCAGAUGGGAAGAACGUGUGAGCCCGUUGCAGGCAGGCUCUGAAUGGAGUAAUGAGGAUGAUCAGCGCUUGGUUACUGUUGCUAGUACCUUCCAUCCGCAGUGGGGACUAAUAGGGCAAGUAAUGUGCAGAAGUAGUCAAGCAUGUUAUGAAAGAUACAAUGAGCUUACAUAUGGCAAAAUUGAUGUUUUUAGAUAUGGCGAACUUGAAGAUGCAAAUGGGAAUGGAGAUGGCGAAGUUUUGGAGAUGGCAAGUAUAAGAAUAAACGAGUGUAUAAAUCGAAGAGAACAAAAAAGAAUGCGAAAAGCGAUUACAGAUGCAAAUAAGGAUGGUAGUCAUGGUAAAGACACCAAAGACAAGUAA